GUGACGCAUGGUGACGCAAGGUGACGCAAGGUGACGUAGGCAUUAGCGAGCUGUAUCAUUGUUAGGAUAUGAGAAUAUGUUUUACCGAAUUAGAUAGUCGUGAUUCAAGUUUGCUCACUGUAAACUUAUUAAUGUCGUUAUUUAAACAUCUACAGUUUGGACGAAAAUGACCGACUUGACGGAUUCCCUGAGCAAAGAGGGCUGGUACCUCAGUGAUGAAGGCAUAGCGGAGCUGAAAGGAUCUGCUGAGAAAAUAACACACAAUGACAUUAUUCGUAUUGCACUUGAUAGUGACCUCAGGCCUGUUGGAAGAAAAUUCCUACCAUCUGAUAUCAAUAGCGGAAGAACUGAUAAGUUGGAAGGACCAUGUGUUCUUCAGCUGCAGAAGGUGAGGAACAUCUCUGCUCCUAAAGAUCAUGAGGAGUCCCAGGGUGCUCCGCGUAUGCUGCGACUACAAAUGACAGAUGGGCAUACCACCUGUGUUGGACUGGAGUUUAAACACCUAUCUAAGCUCAGUCUUAAUACCCCGCCUGGAACAAAGGUAAAGCUCCUCGGUAUAGUCCAGGUUAAAAAUGGGAUUUUGCUGCUCGAUGACUCAAAAAUCUCGGUUCUUGGAGGUGUGGUUGAUCACAUGGUGGAGAAAUGGGAGCUACAAAGGAGUCUGGCCAAACACAGCAGGAGUAACAUUGGAGCAGAAGGUGGACCUCCUCCCUUUGUGCCAUUUGGUCAGAAGUGUGCAAGAAAGGAUGAAGUCGACAGCAGAGACCUGGACCAGAGGAAGACCCUCCAGACUCAAACUGCGGCCAAAAGUCCUGAUGAGAACGACGAGUUUGAAAAGCAGCGAACAGCUGCGAUCGCUGAGGUGGCCAAGACCAAAGAGGCUCCACGCACAUUUGGUGGUGGAGGAAAUGCCGGCAGUAAUCUAUCCAGUGGAGCUUCCUCCUCACGGAGCAGAGACUCAUAUCAGCAGAGGAGACGAGAAGACAGAGUGGAAAGAACCGACAGCAGACAAGAUGGAAACUAUCGAGAGCUGGUGGAUGAACGUGCUCUGAGAGACAUCAUGGAAAUGGGCUUUAACAGGGAGGCUGCUCGGCAGGCCCUAAUGGAUAACAACAACAACCUUGAAGUGGCACUAAACAGCCUCCUGACUGGAUCGUCUGCUAGCAGACCUGGCCCUGUGCUAGCUGAAUCUAUCAAGCCCCAACCAAGAGCCAGAGGAAGAGGAAGAGGCCGCUCCAGAAAUGAAGAUGAGCAGGAGGGAGCAGGAGGAAGGCCAUCUGGUCCGAGCACCCUUUUUGAUUUCCUUGAGUCCAAAAUGGGAGUUUUCUCCAUUGAUGAGCCAAAAGGCCAGGCCCCUCAGAGACACCAUGAGAGUAAAGGAAACUUCUCCAACUCAGACUAUUACUCCAAAGACACACCCCAGACAAAGUUCUCCUCGCAUAAUGACCAUCGGCAACAAAGGAAUGACAGACCACCUCGCUUUCACAGGGACUUUGACUUUCCCAAACCGGGCCAGGAGCCUCUUUCUAACUGUACAACGUCCCAGACAUCAGCUCCAGCCCAGCAGUGGAAGGGCCAGGAGAGAUGGUCACGAGGCACAUCAGACAGAUCGCACAGUGACAGGAGAGAGAUGAGGGAUGAGCAGAUCUUUCCUCAAACCUUUCCAUCGACCUUUACACAUUCAAAAGAACCUCAGCAGCAGAUGGAGUUUACUGGAUCUUACCACCAGCGAUCCAGGAAUGGAGAUGGUGGGAACGCGGCUAACAGGAGGCUACGAGACAACAUCCCCCCGUCUAAAGUGACUGAUUCUGCAGGCGGUGAGCCCAACGGAAGAGGAAAUAGUAAACGCACGGACAGAAGUGAAGAGCCCAACAACGGCAGGAGGAAGGGGAAGACGGAUCGGCCAAACUCAGAACACCUCGACCGACAAAAGGACGGCGUGCCAAACUUCAACUCGAGGGGAGGAAGCUCAGGGACGUCCCAGGAAGUCGGGCUAUCACGGGACUUUCAAAUCACUACGGGGGAUCCUUCGCGUUUCCAAAAUGGAGAUAUGGAACACAAAAGAACAGGGCCGAUAAAGCCACCGAACUCAUCGUGCCCCCCGAACAGGGAGCCGCCCCCUAAGAAAAUCACUUCUAAUAACCCAGGACCUAAGAGAAGGCCAGGACAAGGCAAAGGUCCCGGUCCAGGACCCCGAGGACCAGAGAAGAGUCAUUUUGUGGAACAUGCAUGGAAACCUGGAGACCCGUGCCUGGCGCUGUACUGGGAAGAUGGCAAGUUCUACCAUGCCAGAAUAGAUGCUGUGCAUCCAUCAGGCUCCACGGCUGUGGUUGUUUUUAGUGACUAUGGAAACUGCGAAGAGGUCCUGCUGCAUAACAUCAAACCUGUUUCUCCUGAUGCUUUGUAACAUCACAACCAUAUCAAAUGUCCAAUGGCAGGAGGAAGAUGAUGGGUACUACGACAGUUCACUAGAGUUUCGCCGCGGCGGAGACGGACAGCCUCGCCGCACACGACCCACACAGCAGUAUUACCAGCCGCCCAGGGCACGAGAUUGAUGUGUCUGCGUUUACACUGGCAGGUAAAUAAAUAUGGAAGUGUGUUUGUUUUUUUUCGUUAAUAAUUAAACAAAAAACAUUGUGUGUACAAUGUGUGAAAAAUGUUCCUAUUUUUAUAUGGAGACUUUUUAUUCAUAACAUUUCCUCCGGUGUGGUGGAAGCAUUGAAUUAUAUAAUUAACUUGAAAGUAUAAACUGUACAAAAAUCAUUUGAAGGCAUUUCUGUUGCAUAAUGACCUGCAUAAAAAUAUGUAAUGGAAACUGUUUGCCAACCACGGCUUGACAAAUUCUUGUGCUCUGAUUUUUAUGUAGAAAUUGAUUUUGCAUAAUUGUAUUACUUCAACUUUCACUGUUUUACUGCUGGUGCAAUGCAUUGUGUAAAAGAAUAUUCAACAAGUCCUGGAGCUGCUGUGUGCUCUUAUAAGAUGCCCAAAAUACAAACCUUGUUAAUUUAAUACAUUUAUUUAAUAAUUUUCUUUUUCUUCACCCAUCUCUGUGCUUGUCCCACAUCCUUCCAUGACAGAGUUUAUGUCACUUUCUGCAACAAUCCAGAGUGCUUCCUGAUUUUUUAAAUUGUCCACUUCACCAGGACACAUGUACAACUUUUCAAAGGGCUUGGACUAAAUGCAAAAAUAAAAGAAAUAACUGACAUGAGCACCUGUUGACUUUGUUAAGGACAUAUCUACUGUAUAUGUUGUGAAGAUUUGUUAAAUGGAUGCAUUAAAAUAAACAACUAUUAUAGUAUGUAGCUGA